CAUGUUGAGGAAACAUGCUUUCAUCUUGCCUGUCUACUUUCUUGGAUAACAUUUUUUCCCCCAAUGAUAGAAGCAUUUGAAGCUGACUGAGAGUUAUUAUGAUCGACAAUGAGAAUCCUUUUUUGUUGGGGUCUGGCCCAGGAGGGAGUCGUUUACUGGUUCCUGAGCUCCCUGUGCGCACAGAUAGGCACACACUGGCAGCCAUGCCUCAAAGAUACUCUCACCAGAGGAGGAAAGCCAGCACGGCUGCUGCGAGGAGGAUGGAGAGGAGAAGCAGGGACCAACGGAAUACUAAGAACAGCAACCUAAACAACAGCCAUAACCACCGGUCCAAGAAGUUUGCCAUGCUCUCCAGGUCCUUGAUUCUGUGCCACUCAAAGACCACAGAUGACUGGCCCAACUCGGAGGGUCAGGAGACGAGUGGGAGGGAGAUGUCAGAGGAGAGAAGGACAUCGAGUUCUGGCUGGCGGACAGAUUUGACCGCUGAGGAUAAAACAGGAUACAGAACACCGCAAUCAACCUUGGAUACAAGAAGCGUCAGAGUGGAUUCCAGACAGCUUCUUCAUGCCAGCUCCUUAAGUGAAAACAAAAAGAGCUCGCGGAGAUCUUUCAGCAUCAAGGAGAGCAGUAUUUGGAAGAUGUGUGUUACCACAAGGCCAAAAGCUGAGCCAGUUUCACCAUGUGAAGAGUCCCUCCAUCAGCAUGUGCAGACAGAAAGACUGCAACAUUCAUCUCUUAAUUCAACAUCAGAUCAGCUGUCAUUAUCUGCAUUCACAGACAAUGAAAUUAUAGCCAACAAUAACCAUCUCAAGUUGCCUAUUCCAGAGGUCAAUGAACAAAGUUGCUGGGAGACAGAAAAAUCUCAACUGAGCACACCAGGAGAGCUGAGAAGCAAGACAAACUCCAAUUCACACAACGUACAUCCUUAUUGGAUUGGGGAUUUGGAGAACAUCAUUAUGAAGAAUACUGACAUGUAUACCGAUGACCCCCGUCACCAAGGGAAUGGUUGUUUUUAUGGUAACAGCACUUCCUUAUCCCAGCAACUGGAUUUUUUACACACUUCACUUCAGCCUGGUCGCCCAUUGCGUUCGUUAAGCUCUGUUCAGCUGGCUAAUUCCUGCAGCAACACUCAAGCCUUUAUUAUCUGUCACAUUGUGUUGAUGAAGGGCCGUGGCAAGGGUUUGGGUUUCAGCAUAGUGGGUGGGAGAGACAGCAUGAAUGGACCAAUGGGGAUUUAUGUCAAGACCAUAUUUCCUGGUGGAGCAGCUGCUGCUGAUGGAAGGCUACAAGAAGGUGAUGAGAUACUGGAGCUCAACGGGGAGUCACUAUAUGGUUUGAGUCAUGAUGAUGCUCUUCACAAGUUCAAGCAGAUCAAAAAAGGUCUAUUGACGUUGGUGGUAAGGACUAACAUGCGAGUGGGGACCUUGUACGGCCAGACUCAUGCAUCUGAGCUGUGCAGAUCACGCUCACUCGGCUCCGCGACGGGCAUGGCCAGAAUCAGUGAUGACAUGGGAGAUUACGACUUCAAAACUUGCAACAAUUCAUCUUCUAAACCAGGGGACCGCAUCGUGAUGGAGAUCGUCUUGAGGAAAGAGGCUAGUGUUGGUCUUGGCAUAGGACUGUGCUGUGUUCCAUCCAAUGACGGACAUCCUGGAAUCUUCAUACAUACCUUAUCGCCGGGAUCUGUGGCACACAUUGAUGGAAGACUCAAGUGUGGGGAUGAGAUCAUGGAAAUCAACAACACUGUGGUCUAUAACAUGGCACUAAAUGAUGUCUACACAGUCCUGAGCCAUUGCACACCGGGUCCAGUUCAGGUUAUCAUUAGUCGGCACCCUGACCCCAAAGUAUCAGAGCAUCAGCUUAAUGAUGCCAUAAAUCAAGCUGUGGAAAACAGCAAACUGAGAAAAGACAAGAGUCACUGGUCUGUGGAUGGAUUGGAGUCAGGUUCUCACAACCAGUCAAGAUGUGAACAUUGUUUGGAAAGGAGAUUUUGUCAGCUCACAGUUCGUCGAGUUCAUAAAUCCAUGACCCGCUCCUGCAGUGACAACACUAACAACCACCACCACAUCCGCUGCCUCAACAUCCACAACUCGGGCAACACUCGUCCUAGCCCAUCGGCCCGUGUCCAAAGCCUAGACACGCCAAAGUCAAUUACAGAGACAUGGUCUGACAACAGAAUGUCUGUGCCUUUGUAUCCUGAUGAUGACUACAAUAUACCAUUUAAUGCGCCUGUUACCAGUCAGAAGACCCCAGAUGAGGCCUACGAUGGCAAUAAGGAAGAAGAACACAUGAGAAAACAGUCAGAGGGGAGCAGAGAAGACUUCACUUUAAAGGCUGAGCAACACACAUGUGUAUCAUCACCUGAGCUUUGCACACAGUCAAAAAGAGGCACUUUAGGGAGGCAAGCUCACAUUGAACACCAGCUUCAAGAUCCCUGGGUUCGCCUUACAGAUAGUUUGUCUGAAGAUUGGCAAGACAUUAGCAACCUUCCCCCUUUCCCUUAUCAUAAUACAGACAGAACUCAACUGGACACGAUCCACCAUAAGCCUAUUAAAAUGAAAAACGAAGAGAACAUGCCAGAGAUGGAAUGCAAUGCCAUGCGUGGUAUCUCAGAUUAUUUUUCUAACCUCACUCCUGAAAACAAAUGUGAGAUACCCACUGGAUCCAAAAAGGGACCACCGGUAGCACCCAAGCCUGCUGGGUUUCGCCAAAGCCUGAGAAAAAUUCGGUAUGAGCGAGACCAGAAGAAGCAGGGUGAAUCUGCAAAACCAAGACAUCCCGUGGGCUUCUACAGAAGCUUUGGUACAACAUUUGCCUCAUCUGUCGCCAGCCUGUCCAUCAAAGACAAAAUCCAUUCAUUCGAGACUUUUUCAUCCCCAGACAAUACAGAGCAAAUGGACGUUAAGAGACAUGUAGUCCCAUCUACCUCUCACCCUCUAGUGGACAAAUAUGGAAGAAACAAAAAUGAAAGCCCACAAAAUAGUCAAGCUAACCAGUGUUCAUCUUCUGGAUUAGCAGACAUGUCUGUUUCCCUCUCUUCAAGUACUCCAUUCAAGCUCGAAUCUAGUGUAACAAAAAAUAUGCCCGAGGAUGACCAUAAAUCAUAUAUAGAUUCUCAUUCUCAGACUGAGUCAGAAUCUGGGACAACGCUCUCAACUCCAGUUUCAGAACAACAUGCUUUGAAUAUCCUACCUUCUGGAGAAUUACUUAUGACUCAAGUAGCAGAGCAGAUUGAAGAUGUUAGUCCAAAGUCCAAAACCUUCUCCACUCCAAGCCUCACCUCUGUGGGAUGCAGUCAUGCCGAAGGAGUGAGUUUUCCAGAAAUGAGAGCACAAGAUGAAAUAGACAAUCAAAGAGAACAUUGUAACCUGACCACAAGUGAUAAUGGGUCGACAGACAUUUCCGCUAAUCAAGACCUGGAAGGAGAGAAUUUUGGCAAAAUCCUUGCCUUUAGUAAUCAGGUAUCGCAAGCCUUGAUGCGGACCCUUCCCAUGCCCUCCGACCAUGGUCUGGCCUGUUGCUCUCCAAACCCCUCAGAGUUCACUGGUGUCGAGGAGUGUGAUCACAAUUCAGAUGUUACCGACACUGGAUUUUCUAUUAGCUUGGCCACUCUUAGAGCGUGCACUAUUGAGUUUGGGGAAGGAGGAAACCCCAAAGAAGUAUUAGUUCCCUCUGCUUGCGCCCAGUCAGUCAUCUCAGCCAUCCCGUCAGAAGAAAUACAGAUGAUGAUCAAAGAAGUCAAAUCACUGGACGAAGAUGCACUGAAGCAACUGCAAGACAUCCAUGUUGUUAUUCUGCACAAGGAAGAAGGAGCUGGACUGGGCUUCACCAUUGCUGGAGGCUGUGACUGUGAGAAUAAAGCUCUUACAGUUCACAAAGUGUUUCCCAAUGGCCUUGCCACACAAGAGGGCACGAUCCAGAAAGGAGACGAGGUGUUGUCCAUAAAUGGCCAAACGCUCCGUGGCGUAACACACGCAGAUGCCGCUGCGGCACUGCGUCUGGCCCGUCCUCUAAAACUUGCUGUGGUGGUUGUAUGCAAGACAGCAGGGGAAGAGCGAGAAGGCGGAAGUGUGGAGGCCAACUGUGCAAUGGAGGAACCCGGUACUUUGAUGAGUGUGAAGUUGAAGAAAGAUGCAGGUGGAGUUGGUUUCACUUUGGAGGGAGGAAAGGGUUCAGUUCAUGGAGACAGGCCAUUAUUCAUCAACAGGAUCUUUAAAGGCGGAGCAGCAGAACAGUGCAGUCUUCAAUGUGGAGAUCAAUUGUUGCAAGUCCAGGGUACUAAAUUUCAGGGUAUGACCCGCUUUGAGGCCUGGAACAUGAUCAAGGCUUUACCUGAUGGAUCCAUCACAUUGGACAUCAGGAGGAGACACGCCCACUAGAAGCUCUUACACAAGAAGAAGACCAAAGCAACAAUGUUAUGCUGUUGGUCAGCCAACUCAUGAAAACAAAACAUCAGACUGUCAGUAUGAUUCAGCAUUUCAUAAUUUCAAAGACAAUUUACUGUAAUCUAGUACCUUUUUUUGCUUGCAUAGUUUCAGACAAACUCCUGGAAAUUCCGUGUUUUGUUCAACAUUAUUGAUGCAUUUCAAAUAAAUCUUAUUGAUCUUAAA